UUUACGAUAGGGAGCGGACAGAUCCAGUUGUGGCAGUUCCUGUUGGAACUCCUAUCGGACAGCAUUAAUACCAAUUGCAUCACAUGGGAGGGCACUAAUGGCGAGUUUAAGCUAACUGAUCCUGAUGAAGUGGCGCGGAGAUGGGGUGAGCGUAAGAGUAAGCCUAAUAUGAAUUACGACAAACUGAGUCGUGCGCUCCGGUACUACUACGACAAGAACAUUAUGACCAAGGUUCACGGCAAACGGUACGCCUAUAAGUUUGACUUUCACGGCUUGGCUCAGGCGUGUCAGCCGAAUGCGGGCGACUCGACGACAGCGGCCUAUAAGUAUCACUCGGAGCUGUUGCUAACUCCCGGUGCAUAUCACGCACACGCGUCCAAAUUGAACUCAUAUCUCGUGAGCGGCGCUCGUAAUGUGCAGCCAAUCAGCGCAUCCACACCACCGACCCAUUCACCGCUCUUCCCAUCAGCAACUGGUUAUUGGACAGCAUCUCCAUCUGCCUGUAAUCCUCUUUGCUCUAAUGGAUUAACUUCUCCCUCACUCACCACAUCCAUAUCUCAUCAUCACUCCCAUCAUCACCGGACUAAUGGAUUAACCACUUAUUACGCGUAGACAUGCAUUGUCUUAUGUAUUGUAUUAUAUAAAUAUUAUAAGUUA